CCAGCUCCUCCCGGGAUGGCGGGGACUCGCCAGUCCCUACCUCUUCGUGAGGUGGGGCUUUCUAAGCACCAACGUGACAGGUGGCCAUACAUACCGGAAUAUUUUACUGUCUGGUGCCAUCGGGGACUUUUAUUAAAGAUGGGAUCAGCUAUAGCUGCUUAUUACCAGAAUUCCAAAGGUACUGACAGAAUGAAAGAUGGACACAGAAUGAACUCACACAUCUCCAAGCUGCAAGAGUUAUGGAAAAUGCCUCAAAUUCAAACUAUUCACAUACCUAAAUCAAUGACAGAUACAUCCUUUCUAAAGCAUCCAGACCUCACCACAGGCCAGAAGCGUUACCUCUGCAGCAUUGCUAAGAUCUAUAACUCGCACUAUCUGAGGGCUUUAAUGAAGAGACAGUAUGUGCACGUGUUUCAUCGCGGCUCACAAAAGCCAGGUGUCCUCACUCAUCACAGGAGCCGCCUCAGCUCUCGGUACCUGCAGAAACAGCAUUCCCCCUGCACUACAUGGAGGCACCAAAUGGAGAGAGAGGACUCUUCUAGCAUUGCAGCUGCACAUGAAAUGAUCAUACAUUCCCUUUGGCGACCAGGGAGGAACAAAGAAGGGUUAAAAGCUGGAUAUGCACCAAAACCAAGAUGUAAGUCACUGAAAAUUUUCAGAAGACCUUGCAGGCUAUUCAUGGAAUCAGUUUCCUCACAUGAUUCUGAAUCAUACAUGAAUGAAGAAAAAAGGGAAGAAGAUUUACUGAAUAAGUGCAUGCAGUCGAUGUCAAUUGAAGAACAGGGAGAACGUCUGGUGUUAACUUGAGUCUUUUUUUAUGUACCAAAUUCAACCACCAGUACUAUGCCAGUGGUGCGGAGGUCACCAGUUGUGUUCUCAAGGUUUGGAUGUGUUAUUGGCCAUUGUCAUUACUUUGGUUUGUUCAGAAAUUUACAACAGUGUUCUUAGUCUAAUGUACUCUCUGUACCAAUGAUAUUUGUGUAAUAUAUGCUUGUGUUUCUAGCUAGGAACAAUUAAAAUUUUUCUUGCCACAUAAAA